CUGUGGAAACGGACGACCGUUGGUUCAAAAAAUCAAUCAUCGCCUUUAAAAAAUUUCAAUUAUUCGAUAGAUUUUGUCGAAUGUGAACCUAUUCUGUGCUCAAUCUAAUACGUACAGCGUUUAUCUAUUAAAUUGCUGUAGACAGCAUCAAAAAGAAGACUGGAAAAAACACUCAAAAAUCUGCAAACCGUUUAAGUUGACAGAAAAUCCCACGUUGGGUCGUUACUAUGUGGCCACGAGAAAUAUUAAACAAGGAGAAAUCGUUAUCAAGGAUAAUAAACCUCUAGUCGAUGGUCCUAUGCACAAUUCUGUUCCAGUCUGCCUUCGAUGUUACACAAUGUUGUAUAAAACUACCGCAGUGCCUUGCACGAAAUGUGGAUGGCCUCUUUGUGGGGACUGCAAGGACCAUGGUUUGGAAUGUGAUUUCACUUCUUCGCGCAGAAAUGAUAAGGUAUCCAUCACUGAGUUCGGUUAUCCACAUCCAAGUUAUCAGUGUAUAAAUGUCAUAAAAGUACUAUCUAUGAAAAACAACAACCCAGAAUGUUAUCAAAAGUUGUUAUCACUUGAGGGCCACUCGGACAGACUAAAAGAAGAGAGAAGUUUCAACUUCGAGAAACCGACGAACACCGUGAAUUUCAUCAAAAGAUUUUUUAAAACGGACGAUAUAUCGGAAGAAGAAAUGAUAAAAAUCAUCGGAGUCCUGCAGGUUAAUGGACAUGAAGUUCCUCUCACAGAGCCACCGUACAUCGCAGUUUACGAGCUGGCAUCGUUGCUCGAACAUUCCUGUAAAGCGAAUUGCUCGAAAAGUUUUACUAACGAAGGUGGGCUAAUAAUUCAUGCUGCAACACACAUCACAAAAGGAGAACACAUUUCUAUCUGUUAUACGGAUCCACUAUGGAGUACCACAAAUAGAAGGCACCAUCUGUUCGAAACCAAAUUUUUCGAAUGCAUUUGUGACAGAUGCAAGGAUCCCACGGAAUUUGGAACGAUGUUUAACGCUAUAAAAUGCGACAAGACAAAUUGUCAUGGUUACAUGCUGCCUAAAACUUUUCUCGAUCCAGAACAAAUGGAUUAUAUAUGUUCGACGUGUGGAUCAAUAUUGCUAUAUAAAAAAGUUGAAGAAAUUCAAGAGAACAUCGGCAUAGAUCUCUCCAGAAUGAAGAAAAACGAUAUUAAAGCGUGUAGAACAUUUUUGGAUCGUUAUAAGACUGUGCUUCAUCCAAAUCACUUUUAUAACACUGAUGUAACUAUUGCUCUGGCUCAAUUAAUUGGCCAACAAGAUGGAGGAUUACAAACAGUCGCGGACGAUCUUCUUGUUAAGAAACUUGAAUUGUGCAAGAAACUCGACAAUUUACUCAAAAUUCUUGCACCUGCUGAAAAUCGAAUUCGGGGAUUAAUUCUUUUCGAGUUGCAUGCAGCCUAUGCAGACUUCAGCAGAAGACACGUAGAAGAAGACACUCUACUAUUAUUAGGGGAGUCAAGGAAGGCUUUAGUCGAAGCUUAUCGAUUAUUAAAACUUGAACCAACAGCCCUUCCAGAAGGAAAAAUUGCACAACAAGCUCAGAUAAACUUACAAAAAACGACUAGUAUUCUCAAUCAUUUGAAUUCAGCAUCUAAAUCUUAAUCACGCAUUAUCGUGUACAAUACACGUGUCGACUGAAAAUGCUUUUGAUGGUGUAUUUGUGUCAUCAUAUUGUUAUAGAAAGCGCAACAAUAAAGACAUGAACGUAGUAGGCGCAAUCAUUUGUAAAGAAAUAAACGUAUAAAAUAA